AUGGAUUCAGACACACGAGAUGACGAGGCGGCUCGUGAUGAUCAAACGGAGUCUACACCGUUAUUAUCUGAUUCGCCGCCAUUGAAGUCUGCUACCGGCGAUAGCUGGGGGUCAGAGUUAUGGCUUCUCGCCCAGUACUCUAUUCCACUUAUAGCAACUUACCUUCUCCAAUAUUCAUAUAGUGUUAUCACGACCUUUGUUGCGGGCCAUAUUGAUGCAGACGCCCUCGCUGCUGCAAGCCUUGGUAUGACAACGAUGAACAUCGUUGGGUUCGCUACAAUUGAAGGCAUGGCCACUGCUCUGGAUACACUAUGCGCCCAAGCAUAUGGCUCUGGUAAUCUUUUAAAUGUUGGGCUGCACGUUCAGCGGAUGUGGUUCCUCAUGAUCUUGGCCGUCAUACCUAUUGGUGCUUUUUGGGUGGUUUCUCCGUGGGUAUUGUCCAUCUUUGUGCGGCAGCAUCAUUUGGCUGUCAUGGCUGGGACGUUUAUGCGGGUUAGCUUGGUUGGCUUGCCUGGAUAUGCAUCGUUUGAAGCGGGCAAGCGAUUCCUCCAAGCUCAAGGGGAUUUUAGAGGUGCUAUGAUUGCUAUUCUUAUAUGCACACCGGUCAAUGCGUUCCUGAGCUGGCUCUUCGCCUUUAAACUUGGGAUGGGCCUCGACGGUGCUGCAUUGGGAUCUGCUCUUACCAAUAACCUUCGCCCUGUCCUACUUCUUGCUUAUAUACUUUUACCGACCGGGAGAUGGUCACACCAGUGCUGGGGCGGCUUCUCACGGGAUGCUUUCUCUAAAUGGGGACCUAUGGUGCGGCUCUCCGUCGCAGGUACUGCAGUCAAUUUAGGAGAAUGGGCCGCAUGUGAGCUUUUGACUUUCAGCACGUCGUACCUCAGCACAAAUCAUUUAGCAGCACAGUCUGUUUUGAUGACAAUCUCGGUCGUCUCCUGGCAUAUCCCCUUUUCUAUAGGAGUUGCGAUAAGUACGCGUAUUGGCCAUCUCAUUGGAGCCGGCUAUAUUGCGAGAGCUCGACGCGCUGCUGUGUUAUACGCCGUAGUAUGUGCGCUCGUAGGGAGUGUCGACGGCUUGAUUAUUUUCUCUCUUCGAAACUACCUUUCAGCAUUCUUCACAGAGGACCGCAUUGUCUGCGAUCUCGUCUCCAAAACCAUGCUUGCCGUUGGCGUGUUCCAGAUCAUAGAUGCCAUCAUCUGUUGCACGAAUGGCAUACUCCGUGGGCUUGGCCGCCAAUCCGUCGCCGCUUGGGUGGUACUAGCCGUAAACUAUAUAGCCGCUGUACCCGUGACGAUAUGGCUAGAGUUGGGAUCUCCAGGGUUGGAAUUGAAUGGUGUCUGGGCCGGGCUUGGUGGUGGUAUGGUGUUGAUCGCGAUUAUUGAGGGGCUCUAUAUGAAGACCUUGAGAUGGCAGGAUUGCGUAGCUAGUGUAAAAUUAAGAGAGGGUAUGUAG